AUGAGAGAAAAUCCCAAACCAAACAAGGCCUUAGAUUCAAAGCAGGUGAAUCUGCUAAUUGAACGCAACAGCCGAUUUGGCUCACACAAUCUUUUUCUCCUAUUUACAAGAAUUAUGAGUACUCGGCUAGUAGAGAUUCAGCCACGUGAACUUAAGUUCACAGUUGAGGCGAUGAAACAAAGUUCGUGUGUUGUUGACCUUACCAAUGUUACCGACCAACAUGUAGCUUUCAAGGUGAAGACUACGUCGCCAAAGAAGUAUUGUGUACGCCCUAAUGUCGGCAUAAUCAUGCCAGAGUCAACAUGUCCUUUCACAGUUACCAUGCAAUCACAGAAAUCAGCUCCAGCCAAUCUGCAAUGCAAGGACAAAUUCCUGAUCCAGUGUACUGUUGUGCCAUUUGACACAACCGAAGCAGAGAUUCCUCCCAUGUUUGCAAAAGAUAGUAAAAAUUAUAUUGAAGAGACCAAGCUUAGGGUUGUUUUGACUAGUCCACCUCAAUCUCCAGUGUUGCUGCCAGUUAAUGGGGUUUUGAAGCCAGAGCCAUCAUAUCAGACUUCAAUGCUGAAAGAUAAAUUGCAGUUGGGAGUUGAAAAUCCCCCCCAUGAGUUGCUGAUUAAGAAUGUCAAGGAUGUCAAAAUUGCUGCGAACAAGGAAGGUUCUACAUCUCCUAAGGCUGUGGAAAGUUCCACAUUAUUCCCUACUAAGGAUGAGGACUUUAGCCCUAGCAAGGAGGAAUCAAGAAAAAUUGAGGAUGUGGAAGUGGCAAAAUCAAGACAAGUCGAGGAUGUGGAAGUGGCUAAAUCAAGACAGGUUGAGGAUGUGGAAGUGACAAAAUCAAGACAGGUUGGUGAUGUGGAAGUGACAAAGUCAACAAAAGUUGAGGACAUGGAAGUGACGAACGCGAGAACAGAAGAGGAUGUGGAGACAAAAUCAAGACACGUCGAGGAUGUGGAAGUAAAAAGGUUAUCUGAAGACAUUCAGGAGUUGAAGACAAAGAUGAGUGCCUUGGAUUCAAAGCUAAUUGAGGCUGAAAAUACCAUCAUGAAACUAAAAGAAGAAAAAAGCAGCGCCGUUCAUGAGAAGGAAACAUUAAAGCAAGAAUUGGCAAUGUUGAGGACAUCGAAGGGUAAGAUGCAAGUUCAAGUUGGUUUCCCUCCGCUGUUUGUUUGCAUGGUCGCCCUGGUUUGUCUCACUAUUGGAAUCGUACUAAGUAAAAAUUUUAUGCUUGCCGCGAAAGAACUUUAA